GGACAAUGGGGCAGAAGCUGCUGACUUGUGCUUUGGGGGUAAUCUCCCAGCCUCGUCCCGGUCCCGGCCCCAGCCUUGGGCUCAGAGUGCCCAGAGCAGCCGAGAUCGCGGCCGGUGGGCGUGAGAGGCAUGUGGGGGUACUUGUGCUCCCUGUGCCGUCCCCUGGGGUCUGAGCCCCGGACACAGGAGGCCCGAGGAGCUGGAGGUGACCCUGAGGCAGCAAGACCCAAGAGGAAGGGCGCGAGCCCAGCAGACAGCUGUGCAGCAUCCCAGGCUGAGCUCCUGCGAGGAGGGGGUGCCUGCGCCCAAGCAGCGGAACAGAGGCAGCUGCUCCAUGCAGAACUGAAGCUGGUCCUGCAGCAGAAGGGAGAGAGGAAGCAGGAGCCUGGGGUCCGGGUGACUCCCAGCCACGCCAUGGAGGCCAGGAGCCGGAGUGCUGAGGAGCUGAGGCAGGCGGAGUUGGUGGAGAUCAUCGUGGAGACGGAGGCACAGACAGGGGUCAGCGGCAUCAAUGUGGCGGGCGGCGGCAAAGAGGGAAUCUUCGUCCGCGAGCUGCGCAAGGACUCGCCCGCCGCCAGGAGCCUCAGCCUGCAGGAAGGGGACCAGCUGCUCAGCGCCCGCGUGUUCUUUGAGAACUUCAAGUACGAGGAUGCCCUGCGCCUGCUGCAAUGCGCCGAGCCCUACAAGGUCUCCUUCUGCCUGAAGCGCACUGUGCCCACCGGGGACCUGGCGCUGCGGCCCGGGACCGUGGCCGGCUACGAGAUCAAGGGCCCGCGGGCCAAGGUGGCCAAGCUGAACAUCCAGAGUCUGUCCCGUGUGAAGAAGAAGAAGAAGGUGGUGCCGGGGGCCCUGGGGACCCCUGCCGACCUCGCCCCAGUUGACGUCGAAUUCUCCUUCCCCAAGUUCUCCCGGCUGCGGCGGGGCCUCAAAGCCGAGGCUGUCAAGGGUCCUGUCCCAGCCGCCCCCACCCGCCGGCGCCUCCAGCUGCCCCGGCUCCGGGUCCGAGAAGUGGCCGAGGAGGCCCAGGUAGCCCGGCUGGCUGCUGCCGCGCCUCCUUCCAGGAAGGCCAAGGUGGAGGCUGAGGUGCCAGCAGGAGCCCGCUUCACGGCCCCCCAGGUAGAGCUGGUUGGGCCCCGGCUGCCGGGUGCUGAGGUGGGUGUCCCCCAGGUCCCUGCCCCCAAGAGGCUGGGGGAGGUAGCCCCCUCAGUGGAGGCAGCCAGUGGCUUUACCCUCCACCUGCCAACCUUUGGCCUGGCAGCCCCAGCCACGCCCCCUCCGGAGCCCACAGCCCUGGGGAUCCAGGUCCCCCAGGUGGAGCUGCCCGCCUUGCCGUCGCUCCCCGCUCUGCCCACGCUUCCCUGCCUAGAGACCCGGGAAGGUGCUGCAGCGGUGACGGUGCCCACCCUGAAUGUGACAGUGCCUGCUGUGGGGGUGGACCUCGCCUUGCCAGGUGCAGAGGUGGAGGCCCGGGGAGAGGCACCAGAGGUGGCCCUGAAGAUGCCCCGCCUCAGUUUCCCCCGCUUUGGGGCUCGAGUGAAGGAAGUUCCCGAGGCCAGGGCGAAGGGACCCAGACUUCGAAUACCCACCUUCGGGCUUUCUCUCUUGGAGCCCCGGCCUGCUGCCCCUGAAGUUGUUGUUGAGAGCAAGCUGAAGCUGCCUUCCAUCAAGAUGCCCUCCUUUGGCAUUGGGGUACCAGGGCCUGAGGUCAAGGUACCCAAAGGGCCUGAGGUGAAGCUCCCCAAGGUCCCUGACGUCAAGCUCCCGAAAGUCCCCGAGGCAGCCCUUCCAGGUGUGAGGCUCCCAGAGGUGGAGCUCCCGAAAGUGCCCGAAAUAAAAGUCCCAGAGGUGAAACUCCCAAAGGUGCCGGAGAUGGCUGUGCCAGAGGUGCAGCUUCCAGAGGUGCAGCUGCCGAAAGUCCCCGAAAUGAAGCUCCCGAAGAUGCCCGAGAUGGCCGUGCCCGAGGUGCACCUCCCAGACGUGCAGCUCCCAAAGGUGCCUGAGAUGAAACUGCCGGAGAUGAAACUCCCGAAGGUGCCGGAGAUGAAACUCCCGAAGGUGCCGGAGAUGAAACUCCCAAAGGUGCCGGAGAUGGCUGUGCCAGAGGUGCAACUCCCAGAGGUGCAGUUGCUGAAAGUCCCAGAGAUGAAACUGCCAAAGGUGACCGAGAUGGCUGUCCCCGAUGUGCAGCUCCCGGGGGUGCAGCUGCCCAAAGUCCCAGAGAUGAAGCUCCCCGAGAUAGAGCUCCCAAAGGUGCCGGAGAUGGCCGUCCCCUGUGUGCACCUCCCGGGGGUGCAGCUGCCCAAAGUCCCGGAGAUGAAGCUCCCCGAGAUAGAGCUCCCAAAAGUGCCGGAGAUGGCCGUCCCCGAUGUGCACCUCCCAGGGGUGCAGCUGCCAAAGGUGUCAGAGAUGCGGCUGCCGGAAGUGCAGGUGCCAAAGGUCCCAGAUGUGUGCCUCCCGAAGGCCCCGGAGUUGAAGCUGCCCAAGGCUCCAGAGGUGCAGCUAAAAGCAGAGCAGGCUGAGGGGCUGGAAUUUGGAUUCAAGAUGCCCAAGGUGCCCAUGCCUAAGCUGGGGAGGCCAGGGUCCCCGACACGAGGCAGGCCAGGAGAGGCAGGUGCCGAGGUCUCGGGGAAGCUGGUGACACUUCCUUGCCUGCAGCCGGAAGUGGGCGGUGAGGCACGUGUGGGCAUCCCUUCCCUCACGCUGCCCUCGGUGGAGCUAGACCUGCCAGGGGCCCUUAGGCUGGAGGGACAGGCGCGAGCAGCUGCACUGGGCAAGGUGGAGCGGGCAGAGGGCCCUGGGGCGGCGGCAGGGUUGGAGGAAGGAGGCUUCCGGCUGCCCUCUGUUGAGAUUGUCACUCCACAGCUGCCCACCGUGGAGGUUGAGGAAGGGCGGCUAGAAGUGGUGGAGAUGAAAGUCAAGCCCUCCUCCAAGUUCUCCCUGCCCAAGUUUGGACUCUCAGUGCCAAAGGGGGCCAAGGCAGAGGCCGAGGGUGCUGGGCGAGCCACCAAGCUAAAGGUGUCCAAGUUUGCCAUCUCACUUCCCAAGGCUUGGGCGGGGGCCGAGGUUGAGGCCAAAGGAGCGGGGGAGGCAGGCCUGCUGCCCGCCCUCGAUUUGUCCAUCCCACAACUCAGCCUGGAUGCCCAUCUGCCCACGGGCAAGGUGGAGGUGGCAGGUGCUGACGUCAAGCUCAAGGGGUCCAGGUUCGCCCUGCCCAAGUUUGGGGUCAGAGGCCGGGACAGCGAGGCUGGAGAACUCAUGCCAGGGGCGGCCGAGUUGGAGGGCAAGGGCUGGAGCUGGGAUGGGAGGGUGAAGAUGCCCAAGCUGAAAAUGCCCUCCUUUGGGCUGGCUCGAGGGAAGGAAGCAGAAGUCCAGAGCGGGCGCGUCAGCCCUGGGGAAAAGCCAGAGCCCAUGGCUGGCCAGCUUAAGAUCCCUGAGGUGGAGCUGGUCACACUGGGGGCCCAGGAGGAAGGACGGGCAGAGGGGGCGGUGGCCGUCAGUAGGGUGCGGCUGUCGGGCCUGCAGAGCCCCACGACCAAGCAGGCAGGCACAGAGGGCCAGGAGGGGGUGCUCAGGAUGUCUCUCCCAAGCAUCUCCCUGCCCCAGGUGGAGCUGACCAGCUUCGGGGCGGUGGGGCAGGGUGCCGGCCCGGGGCCGCAGGCCACGAGUGCAGCCCCUUCGGCAGAGGGCACAGCCGGCUGUAGGGUCCAGGUGCCUCAGGUGACACUGUCUCUGUCUGGAGCCCAGGGGGCAGGGCGCGAGCUGUUGGUGGGCGAGGGCGUCUUCAAGAUGCCCUCUGUGACCGUGCCCCAGGUCGAGCUGGACGUGGGGCUGAGCCGCGAGGCCCCGGUGGGCGAAGCAACCACAGGCGAGGGUGGGCUGAGGCUGAAGUUGCCCACUCUGGGGUCGGGAGCCGGGGCAGGCGGAGUGGGGGCUGAGGAGCAGCUCUCGGGGGCCGAGAGGGCCUUCCGCCUGUCACUGCCCGACGUGGAGCUCUCGCCGCCCGCCGUGGGCAGCCACGCCGAGUACCAGGUGGCCGAGGGCGAGGGGGACGCUGGGCACAGGCUCAAGGUGCGGCUGCCCCGGUUCGGCCUGGCGCGGGCCAAGGAGGGGGUCGAGGAGGGCGAGAAGGCCAAGAGCCCGAAACUCAGGCUGCCCCGCGUGGGCUUCAGCCCGGGCCAGGCGGUCCCUGGGGAAGGCUCUCCCAGUCCCGAGGAGGAGGAAGAGGAGGGUGGCAGGGAAGGGGUCUCCGGCCGCCGGGGCCGGGUUCGAGUCCACCUGCCCCGUGUGGGCCUGGCUGCCCCUUCCAAGGCGUCCAGGGGGCAGGAGGGCGAGGCAGCCCCCAAGUCCCCUGGCGGAGAGAAGUCACCCAAGUUCCGCUUUCCCAGGGUGUCCCUGAGCCCCAAGGCCCGGGGCAGGAGCGGGGACCGGGAAGAGGGGGGGUUCAGGGUCCGGCUGCCCAGCGUGGGGUUUUCGGAGACAGGGGCUCCAGGCCCCACCAGGGCGGACGGAGCUCAGGCCGCCGCCGUCUGAAGCCCCCCUGCCCCAGGCAGAGGGAGACCCCCCUGCUGCCUUCCCAUCCCCGCCUUCCCCACCCCCACCCCGUCUUGUGUGUGAGAUAACUAGCACUAACCCUAAGAGGGCCGGGAGGGGCGAUGCCCAUCAGCAGAGGGCCUGUGUCUAGGCCACGCCAUGUGAAUAAAAUAAU